AUGAGGUCCUCCUUGCAGGCAGUAGCACUCUGGGGAAAGAAGGCCCCUCCACACAGCAUCACUGCCAUCAUGAUCACUGAUGACCAGCAAACCAUUGUGACUGGAAGUCAAGAAGGUCAACUCUGUCUCUGGAAUCUCUCACCUGAACUAAAGAUUUCAGCUAAAGAACUUCUGUUUGGUCAUUCGGCUUCAGUAACAUGUUUGGCAAGAGCAAGGGAUUUCUCGAAACAACCUUACGUCGUCAGUGCGGCUGAAAAUGGGGAGAUGUGUGUUUGGAAUGUCACCAACGGACAGUGCGUGGAGAAGGCCACUCUUCCUUACAGGCACACUGCAAUCUGUUAUUACCACUGCUCAUUCCGGAUGACAGGGGAAGGUUGGCUUUUGUGUUGUGGAGAAUAUCAAGAUGUUCUUAUCAUUGAUGCCAGAAGUUUGGCUGUUAUUCACACUUUCAUAUCGUCUCAGUCUCCUGAUUGGGUCAACUGCAUGUGCAUUGUUCACUCCAUGAGAAUUCAAGAAGAUUCUCUCUUGGUGGUAUCAGUAGCGGGUGAGCUCAAAGUAUGGGAUCUUUCUUCAUCUAUCAACAGUAUUCAGGAAAAGCAAGAUGUCUAUGAAAAGGAAUCCAAAUUUCUCGACUCCCUGAACUGCCGGACAAUACGAUUUUGCACAUAUACAGAGAGACUUUUACUGGUGGUAUUUUCUAAAUGUUGGAAGGUUUAUGAUUAUUGUGAUUUUUCCCUUCUGCGAACUGAAGUUAGUAGAAGUGGGCAGUUUUUUGCUGGUGGAGAGGUGCUUGCUGCUCACAGAAUCAUCAUCUGGACAGAAGAUGGUCACAGUUAUAUCUAUCAGCUGCUGAACAGUGGGCUUUCCAAAAGCCUAUACCCUGCUGAUGGAAGAGUGCUUAAAGAGACCAUUUAUCCUCAUUUACUGUGCUCUACUUCUGUGCAGGAAAAUAAGGUACAGAGCCUUUCCUUUGUUAUGGGCUACAUGAAUGAACGGAAAGAGCCUUUUUAUAAGGUACUUUUCUCUGGAGCAGUCUCAGGAAGAAUUACUUUGUGGCAUAUCCCUGAUGUUCCUGUAUCCAAGUUUGAUGGUUCUCCUAGAGAAAUACCAAUAACUGCCACAUGGACCCUUCAAGAUAAUUUUGAUAAGCAUCAUACCAUGUCCCAAAGUAUUAUUGACCAUGUCUCUGGGACUGCAACAGUCGGAGUCACUUCAUCAGAGUAUGUUCCAAGUCUUGAUAAACUAAUAUGUGGCUGUGAAGAUGGGACAAUUUUCAUUACACAGGCUUUGAAUGCUGCCAAAGCAGGACUUCUAGAAGGCGGUUCUUUAUUAAAAGAUUCCCUUCCUUACAAAGUUCUCAAAGGCCAUCACCAAAGUGUUACUUCAUUACUUUACCCACAUGGUCUCUCUUCGAAAUUAGACCAAAGUUGGCUUGUGUCUGGGGACCAGGACUCAUGUGUCAUCUUGUGGAAUAUCUUCACUGAAGAAGUUUUGCAUAAAUUCUUUUUGGAAGCCGGUCCAGUAACAAGUCUUUUGAUGUCACCAGAGAACUUCAGACUAAGAAGUGAUCAGGUAAUUUGCUGUGUGUGCAGUGACCAUUCCGUGGCUCUCCUUCACCUUGAGGGGAAGAGGUGCCUCCUGCAUGCCCGGAAGCACCUUUUCCCUGUGAGGAUGAUAAAAUGGCACCCGGUUGAGAAUUUUUUAAUUGUUGGAUGUGCAGAUGACUCCGCUUACAUCUGGGAAAUUGAAACAGGCACUUUGGAAAGACAUGAAACAGGAGAAAGAGCAAGAAUUAUUCUCAGUUGUUGUGAUGAUUCACAGCUUCUAAAGCCUGAUUCUGUACUUCCAUUUGCCUCAGAGACACAUAAGCACAAAAGUGUAGAACAGAGAUCCUCCAGCUCCUAUCAGUUUGGGCCAAUACCUUGCCCUGGUCUGCAGGUGGAGUCUUCAUGUAAGGUUGCUGAUGCCAAGUCUUUCUCAGGACCUUUUAAUGUCUUGCCUGUGAAGACAAAAUGGAGUAACAUUGGCUUUCAUAUCCUUCUGUUUGAUCUGGAAAAUCUUGUUGAACUUUUGCUGCCAACUCCAAUCUGUGAUGUUGACCCUUCCAAUUCAUUCUAUGGUAGUGAGAUCCUGAGAAGAGCCAAAAGCACAGUGGAGAAGAAAACAUUGACGCUAAAAAGAAAUAAAACUGCCUGUGGUUCUCUCUCCGCGGAGGCGCAAGCCAAGCUUGUUGGUGAAAACCCAGCCCAAGGAGAUAAUGCUGUCAAAUUCUUAGAAGAAAGUGAUGGCAUUAAAAGGCAGAAGAAAACAAAGAACUCCAAAAAGAUGCACCCUAAGCCAUCAAGAAAAGUGGAUGCCAGCAUCACAAUAGACGUAGCUAAAUUGUUCCUAUCUUGCUUUUUGCCAUGGGGAGUGGAUAAAGAAUUAGAUAAUCUCUGCAUUAAGCAUCUCAAUAUUCUAAAGCUUCAGGGUUCUGUUUCUUUAGGACUUGCCGCAAAUGAAGAUCGCUUCUCGUUAAUGCUGCCGGGGUGGGAUGAAUGCAAUGCUGAAAUGAAAACAGAUAAUUCAAAAGUUAAUUUAUUUUCCAAAAAAGUUUUGGACUUGUCAAAUAAAUACACGUCCACGCUUCCAAAUCAGGUUGGGAUGCCAAGAGGACUGGAGAAUAAUUGUGAUUCUUUGCACGAGUCAAGCACUAUAGUUUAUUUAUUGAGCAGACUAUUUAUAGUUAAUGAGUUAGUUAACAUGCCUUUAGAGUUGGCAUGUGGAACUGACAGGUCUUUCAAAAUGGAAUCUGUGCACAGCAAGGCAAAAAGUUCUGGGAAUGAGAUUUUGACUAUUUCAAGCUUCUAUGGUUACUUACGAAAUGGUAAGAAUGACUCCCAUAUACCCGAUGCUGACGUUUCACUUUGGAAGCUCAUUUCUUGUUGGAGAGACCACUCUGUGCAGGUAACUGAAGCAAUACAAGCUGUUCUCUUGGCGGAAGUUCAACAGCAGAUGAAGACGUUGAGUAAGACACCAGUCAACAGUCAACCAGUGUCCAUGACAGAGGACAUCCACUGUGAGAUGAGGCAAAUCCUGCAGAAGAUGGAAUGGACCCAGGGGGAGGAGAUAGAGUUACAGUGUACUACAGACACCUGGCCUCUGCAAACUCCAGUCAGUCCGGUCAAGCAUGACAGCAACUCAAACUCGGCAAACUUCCAAGACACUGAGGACAUGCCUGACAGAUGCGUUUUGGAAGAGUCUGAGAGUCCAGGUAAGCCAAGGCAUCAUUCGUGGAUAGCGAAGGUGUGCUCCUGCAAGCUGUGCUAAAUGGAAUCUUACCUAUAGGAAUUGGAUUUG